CCCAGUCGGGAAGUGGAGGCAGAUUUUUAUUGUGUGAAGUGGAUCACUUGGAAAGGCGAGCGGACGCCCGUCAUCACGCAGAGCGAGAACGGGCCCUGCCCGCUCCUGGCCAUCAUGAACAUCCUCUUCUUGCAGUGGAAGGUGAAGCUGCCCCCGCAGAAGGAGGUGAUCACGGCCGAGGAGCUGAUGGCACACUUGGGGGAUUGCAUCUUGGCCAUCCAACCCCAGGAGCCGUCGGAGGGGCUGCAGCUCAACUUCCAGCAGAACAUCAACGACACCAUGAUGGUCCUCCCUAAGCUCUCGACGGGGCUGGAUGUCAACGUGCGCUUCACGGGUGUCUCGGACUUCGAGUACACACCCGAGUGCAUCGUCUUCGACCUCCUCAACGUCCCGCUCUACCAUGGCUGGCUGGUGGACCCCCAGAGCCCAGAGGUGGUGCAAGCCGUGGGCAAGCUCAGCUACAACCAGCUGGUGGAGAAGAUCAUCACCUGCAAACAGGCCAGCGACUCCAGCCUGGUGAGCGAAGGGCUGGUGGCGGAGCAGUUCCUGGAGUCCACGGCUUCCCAGUUGACCUACCACGGGCUGUGCGAGCUCAGUGCCGUCAGGGAAGGCGAGCUCAGCGUCUUCUUCCGCAACAACCACUUCAGCACCAUGAUAAAGCACAAGGGCCACCUCUACCUGCUGGUGACGGACCAGGGCUUCCUGCAG